GUGUGGCAGCACUGCUCUACAGCUGUUUGCUAUUCAGCUUUUUACUUGCUCAUCGCAAGAGUAAACUAAAGGAGCACACAGGCGACUAUAUUUACUUCGAAUGCAGCCAAAGUCAGUCCGACCAUGAAAAUCAACGAGAAGAACCUGUACGUCUUCGCGAGGACGCCGCCUUUCGACAUGGAAGGCUUCCUCAACAAACGGGGGGAGGUGAACAAGGCUUUUCAGCGACGCUACUUUGUUCUCAAGGGUAACCUGCUCUUCUACUUCGAGUCACGCUUGGACAGGGAACCCUUAGGGCUUAUUAUUGUCGAGGGCUGCACCAUCGAGUUGUCCAAUGAGGUGGACAACUAUUGCUUUGAGAUCGCCUUCAAUGGAAACCGCACCUACAUACUGUCCGCCGACAACCAGGAGAGUAUGGAGACGUGGAUGAAGGCGCUUACCUGUGCCGGCUACGAGUACAAGCGCAUUAUCAUGGCCGAGCUGAAGCGGGAGCUGAACGAGAUAGAGGACUCCAGAAACAAAAGGCUCGGUAACGCCAUUGACGGACCGCAAACGGCCUCGGACGAAGCCAAGCCCAGGCCUCCGCCCAGGCGGACAAAUCCUUUUAACAGACCCGCCCCUCCUCCGCCCGACAGUUCCCUGAGAGGUGGGGUGGUCAUGUCACCUCUCCCCUUUAUCAACGGAUACUUCGGUUCCAGCAACGCUCGCCUCCAGCAGGAAAAGCAGAUGGUCAGGCAAGAUGCAAACGGAAACGGAAGUCCGAGUGGAACGCCCAAGGCGCAGCGCCGCCCCACACCUGCUUCUUCCGUCGCUAACAGCGUUUUCUAUCCAGACGCUCGGAAUCCUGGAGCUGCUCCCGUCUCAACAGUAUUAUCGCGCGCAGCCAACAACAACUACAGCAGCAGCACAAUUAGCAAUGCCGAGCGACAGCGACGACGGAUAAGAGCCUUGGAGGACUUCGUUCGCAACCAUGAGCGCUUUCGGCAGGAACUGAUGGCCGACGUGUCCGCCUAUCGUGAGCGCCAGGUACAGCCCCUCAUACAGUUGUGAUGUAGGAGCGGGCUGCUCCAACAACAAGCCAAUUUUAUGUUUAAUCAAAUAUGUUGCUAAAUCAAACAUCGUUUCAAUUUAACUAUGCUUAGUUUAAAAGUUUUUGUUUUAAUAAACGAAAAUUUAGA